AUGCCUCUAAAUAAAAUACCUUGUGUGGAUAAAUGCUGCGGUUGCAUUAACGAUUUAAAAACGGCUGCAGCUAUUAUUGCAGUGCUCGGAAUUGUCACAAGUCCAUCGGUGUCUUGGGCGGUUGUUAGACAUUCAUACGUUAUACGAGUGUCAUGCUACGUAACGUCAAACGAAAAUAGAGCCGAUAUUAUGGAUAUCAACCUGAAAAAUAUCAUUAGUUUCGGAUUCGGUGCCAAUGCAGGAUUAGGCCCAUCCUGUCUUGGGCCACUUAAUGAUAACAGUACAAAAACAUUUUUACGCAUACGGACUGAUCCCGAUAAAUCACCAUUCAUUGGAAUGGUAAAGAACAUAGGUUGGGUUGUCUUCGGUGUUGAUGUAAUAUUUUUGAUAUGCAGUGUUUUAUUUUUGAGGAAGAUUUUCAAGGGUGCUGAUAAGAAAGCUGCUAAAACAUUCAUAUAUUCUGGUUUACUAGCUGUUUUUUUAUCAUUUGUUUAUGGCUUGCUGUAUGUUAUGGCAUGUUUAUCAAUUGGAGGAGCAUUUCCUAUUUUUGAAUUUUUUUUUGCAUUCGUAGACCUAAUUGUGUUGGUCACUUGGCUGUAUUUCAUGAUUGUAAUAAAUUCUUUUAUGAAAAAAUCUGCUACUGUGAAUACUAACAGCUAUAGUUUCUAUGGAAUGAUUUAUUCAUUUGAGGAAUACAUUUUGAAUUCAUUCUUUAGAUUACAGUCUGCCACACAAUUGUGUUUUUGCGAAUCACUCACUGACAGCCAAUAUAGUGAAGAUUCAGGAUCAAUGAAAAAAAAACUUUGGUAG